UAGUGCGCGAAAUGCAAGGCGCUUUAGAUGCGCUGGGAUUACAGUGUAACGGCGCUCGGCAUCGAUCCUCCGCAAUUAUCAUCCGAAGGUCAUAUUGAUGAAGCGCUUGUUAGGAAGUCGUCUCUGUAGAUACUUAGCAUCCAGCUCUGCUUUGCGUAAUUCUUAGUUUUCCAUUAAGUGGACUUGAUUCUUUGGGACACGAUCAGAAAAAAAAUAGGCAAAAAAAAAAAAAAAACCGCCAGCUAUUAAAAUGAUUUGAGACGAUGGAUUUCUGUUGCAGAAGAAACUCUUCGUGGUCUUUCUUCUAGCAAGAUAGUUGACCUGCUUCAACUAUUAAACUAUAUCAACAUCGGACUGACUGGGGACUUUGACGUUUAAAUUAUACUAAGAUAAACUUGGGAUUUACCAAAAUGAAAUUAAAAAGUACCCACUGGCUUUUGAUACCAUUCAUACUGAUUACAGCCAGUGACGCGACGGAAACAAAUGAAAAGCCCACGCGGGACACGACUCCGAAACCGACGCCGAUCCACACAAACGGCAAAGUGCAAGAAAUAAGUGACGCUCAAUAUAAAUGUUUGCAGCAGAACAGCGACACACCAGUCAACAGGACAGGGACGUUCUGCAAUCAAACAUGGGACGGGUGGUUUUGCUGGAAGGACACGCCGGCAGGAACGUACGCGCAUCAGGACUGCCCGACUGUGCGAGAAAAAGUGACAAAAUAUUGUGAUGAAUCAGGCAAUUGGUUCCAAGAUCCCAUAUAUAAUAAAACCUGGGUGAACUGCGUUGCUCAGUCCAAGGACAUAUUAAAGAGAGUGAUGAUGCACGGCUCACCAGGAAGGAACGCGGAGCCCACCAUCGAAUCGCUCGUCAGCCCUGUUGUCACGCAGAAGGUCGAGGAAAGGAAAAAAAUCACCGAUGGCCAGUAUAAGUGCUUCGAGAAAAUGAACAGGGAUCAGCCUUAUAACAAAUCAGGUAUGUAUUGCAAUCGAACCUGGGACGGAUGGCUCUGCUGGGACGACACGGCCGCCGGGACAUACACGUCACAGAACUGCCCCAAUUAUUUCCCAGAUUUUGACUCCACCGAAAAAGUAACAAAAUAUUGUGAUGAGACAGGAAACUGGUUUCGACACCCCGAGACUAACAGGACGUGGUCCAAUUACACCCUCUGUGUUUUACACACAAAAGAGAAAGUCAAGAUGGCGUUCAUACUCUACUACAUGGCCAUAGCUGGUCACACCUUAUCCAUUGCAUCACUUCUCGUUUCCCUAGCAAUAUUCUUCUACUUCAGAAGCCUGAGUUGCCAAAGGAUAACACUGCACAAGAAUUUGUUUUGCUCCUAUGUCCUGAACUCGGCAUUUACCAUCGUGAACCUUGUCGCGGUCGUGGGAAACCCCAAGCUGGUGGAGAGCAAUCCUGUUGGCUGCAAGGUGUUGCACUACUUCCACAUGUACAUGUUGGGGUGUAACUACUUCUGGAUGCUGUGUGAGGGGAUUUACCUGCACACCCUCAUCGUCGUGGCUGUGUUUGCUGAAGAGCAGCACUUACACUGGUAUUACCUCCUAGGCUGGGGUUUUCCCUUGGUGCCUGCAUCCAUCCAUGCUGUUGCGAGGAAAAAAUAUUUCGACGACAACUGCUGGAUGAGUGUGGAGACGCAUUUGCCCUACAUAAUACAUGGGCCCAUCAUGGCAGCCCUAUUGGUCAACCUGUUCUUUCUGCUGAACAUCGUGAGGGUGCUGGUGACCAAGCUGCGGGACACCCACCGGGCCGAGUCCAACAUGUACAUGAAGGCUGUGAGGGCCACACUGAUCCUGGUGCCAUUAUUGGGGAUUCAGUUCGUCAUCAUACCCUGGAGACCAGAGAACAGGCUUGCUGGCGAGGUGUUUGACUACAUAAUGCACAUACUGAUGAAUUACCAGGGGUUAUUGGUGGCGACGAUAUUUUGCUUUUUCAAUGGAGAAGUGCAGGCCGUGCUGAAAAGGCAGUGGAUGCAGUACAAGGCGCAGUGGGGCCAGCGCCGGCGUGAGCACUGCUCCAUGCGCUCCACCUCCUACACCACCACGUCCAUCACCGAGAUGCCUGCCUUCGUGUUCCACCACGACUGCACCAGCGAACACUUGAACGGGAGACACUUGGAGGACUCGGAGCUGGUGGCGCUCAAAUCUGGGGAGGCGUAUGCCUGACAGGGAUGGUCGUGCCUGGGGAGAUGAUGAUGAUGACGAAGAAGGAACGCGGCUCCGGCGAAGCCCCACAUCGCUAACAAAAAGGCCCAUUCCACACCCAAGCUGUUAUGUUAGGUGUCCCGCGCCUGUGACUCCUCAACCCAGGGGAGAUUAACUUAACGCUUCAUUACAUUGCUGCUGCUUUCCAAAAUAGGUGCUACAUGCUAAGUGUAGCCUAUCUUUAGCUGCUAGUCCCAGGCCCUCGUGGGCUGAUCAUGCACCAGUGCUACUGCCGUGCAGAUACCAAAGUGCGUGACGAUCGCUAGACUGGGACGUCGUUUGUCGGUACUGAGCCAAACACGGAAGGAAUCGCAGCAUGAUGGAUCACGCUGCUUUCCGUUGAUGAGGAGGUCGCCUUCUCUGGUGCCUAAGCUCUUGGGUCUUCGACCUGAUCAUUCAGCAUACGAUAUUCUUUUUAGCGCCGAUUUCGUUGCUUUCUAAUGAUUGUCGUCUAUGUCACGAAGGCUUUUUGCUGCUUCAUUGUUUCCGCACAGCUGUGGACACGGUUUUCCUGUCACGUAAGAGGCAUAGCAGCAGAAGGAAAGAUUUUGAGGGACAUUUUAGAUUAAAAAAAAAGACUACUGAUUAAAAAAAUACAUAAAAUCCGAGUAAACAAAAUAGCACAGGAAUGAGUUAGCUGUACAUUUAUAUUGAAUAGGCAUUUGCUAUUCGUUUGAAACUACAGUUCAGUUUUUGCAUUUUCUUUGGAAUUUUGUUUUCAGAAAUGUUAUUGUUGUGGUUUAAUGAAUGGAGACAUUUGUGAUCGUGCUUGUAUGUUUUCUUGCAUUUUUUUUGUAUGAGUUAUUUUCUUUUGGCUGGCACUUAAUUUCUAAAUAAGCUAGCUGUGAUGUAUAUUCACAUCUCCAUUAUUUGUCAUCUGACAUUCAUUAUUUGUAAAGACUCUUAAGUAUUUCAGAAAUCUAAAGGCAAAAAGGAACAACAUGACUGAGUUUGAAUGGCUGCAGUGUAUUUUUCCAGAUCUUUGUAAAAUGAAUUGUUAAUUUAAUAGUUAUAGCUUGACACCACGAGUUAUAGACUAAAACGUCUACAAAAACUACAGAAGAUUUCAAUGAAAUGUCGAAGAUAUUUGUUGCAUAUGAGCUUUAUACAAGUAGGCCUUUUAGAUAUAAGUUUGCACUGAAUUACAUCCUGUUUUGCUUAGAGUAUAGGAACUACAAUUUCUUUUAAAGUGUACAGAAUUCACAAAAAUGGAUGAAUAUUAGUUAUUAUGCAUAAAAAAUCUUUUUUAUUUUUUAUAAUUCUGAUAUUUAAUUAGUAACCUUUACCAAAUUCCACAAAAUUUCUGAAACAGGAUACAUAUAUAACUGCAAAGUAUAAAAUCUUGUUUGAUGGGAUGAUGUGAAAGCUGCAUUCUCAUUACAUACCAUAAUGUGCGCAAUGACUUCUUUUCAGUUGGCUUCUCUCUUUCUCCCAGUGGAUUUGCAAAGGCCAUAUCUUCCCAAACACGAAGCAGUAAUCCCUUUUUUAAAACAGAAGAAUGAUUACACAGAGGCGUGAAUAAAUUUUAAUCCAUUCAUUAUUACAAAGAAAAAACAUUGUCACUCAGAAGAACCUUUAGAUAAAAAAAAGUAUAAUGUAACUGUAACAGUUAUGUAAUACCUUAAAAGUACAAUGAAAUCUCUAAAGAGAUCAAUAUUGCCACCGACCUGCCUAAGGGCGGGGUACCAAACUUUUGGUACAAAAAAAUCGGUACUGCCCUUUUUCUAUUAAUUUCCAAAGUACCAAACCAGCAGGGGAACAUGUUUAGUACUUUGGGGCGAGACUAGCAAACGUGUUUAUUGUAAAAAUACACUAAAUACAACCAUCAUCUUGAAAAAGUGUAUUUCAGAGCCAGAAAACAAUGAUUAACAAAGAAAAAAGAUAAGCAAUGACAAUGGAUGUAUGGACAAAGGAGGAGACCCAUGCUUAAAUUGUGAUCUGUUUGGAAGAACAGAUUCACAGGAGAUCUGGAUGGCAUGACAAGAAUAGAAAGUUAUUUGCUAAAAUAGCCGACUGUAUGGAAUAAAUGGGACAAACGCAAAACAGUGCUGCUUGACAAUUUAAACAUUCAAGCAGGAUUACUGUAGGCCAUAGAGAAAUUAAAGGCCACAAUAACAAAUAUGGCAUCAGUCACUAAUGAUGUCAUUCUGUGCCAAUACCAACUGAGACUAACACAAAGAGUACCAUGGAUUUUGGUACUGGUUUGAAGUACCAAAAGUUCGGUAGCAGUGGAAGACUGCCCUAAGUGUCUCAAGACAGUUACAUCCGAAUGUUAAAGAAGUUAAAGUUUUUUUGUAUAUUGAUUGCUGACUAAGACACAUUUUCAUCAAUCAGUAAAUCAAUCAAUCAAUCAAUCAAUCCGUUGCACUCACUAACUCUCCCAUUGACUGGACACUCCAGCAGAAGCUGUGCUCCUGGGGGUGACUAAUUAAAAUUCGACUGUCAUGUAGGCAUUUAUUAUAAGCAGAGUUAUGAGGACCACAGAAUCCCAGUAAAAACACAACUGCUGGCACAAUGUAUGUGACACUAAGACACUUCCAUCAUGCUAUGUUUCUUUUUCAAAUUGACCGACAUGAUUCGAAGCACUGGAUGGAAAAAUAAUUACAGGUCCUAUGAGUUAGCGAUUAAACUUAUAUACUACACGCCCGAAGUAAACGCUAAAUGAAUACAAAAUGCCUUAGCACCGUGUUUAUAUAUAGGCCUAUAUUUUAAAUCCAUCUGGUAGCCGACAGCAUGUGGAGAGGAAUGAAAGUGAUUCAGAUGCAGCUUAAUGAACACAAACCCCACCAACCGGCACAGUGCCCGGAACAGCCACCUUUGUGGGUCAGACUCUGCUCUGAUGGCACUUCUAACAGCAUAACAGUGAUAUUUUUGGUACUUCUGUUGAAUCUGUUUACCAUUUCUACCUACAGGUGCAAGACUAAACAAACACCCCUUUUCCAUCCUGUGUCAUCUCUGUACGUUCCCCGAAAACACAACCCUGCUCUUAAAAUAUUUAAACAGGGCAGAACCUAUCAGUGUUUCACACUUAGUCUAAGUAUUUAAUUAGAUGUGUGACUAGGGGCAUUCUUAUGUAAAUACCUUGGCUAUUUUUACCCAAGAAAAGAUACAGGCAUUCCACAGAAACAUCCAUCCAUCCAUCCAUCAUCUCUUAUCCUGGUGAAGGUUGCAAAUUCUUUAGAAACAUCCAAACUACAAAUAUCAUGCAUUUCUACAUCUGUGUCUAGAACUCAGAUAAAAUGCCAUUUGAUAUAAUCAUUUUAGUAUCGCAGUAAUAUAUGAAGCAUUAAUUUACACAGAGAUCCAAAGUCACUUUUUGGUUUGAUAAUCAUUCAAAUGCAAAAAAGAAACACAAACACACACACACACACACACAGCACGACCACCUUAACCUGUACCCAGCCCUAAAAAAACUGAGACCACAGCACAUUUUUUUGUUUCACUCAUUUUUCAAUCUAUGGAUGUGCAUCUGUGAGUAAUAUUAUUAUUAUUAUUUUUUUAAAUAUAAACUUCAACCUGACUCUUCCCCGCUUCUCAUUAAUGAAGGGCUUCUUCCUUGCUUUAUGGGACUUCAGUCCUGCUUCUAGGAGCCUGAUA